UCGAGUCGAACAAAGAGAAACAAAAUAAGAACUGCUAAAUUAAUCGGAUUUCAAUUAUGCGUCGAGUACGCAGCCCGACGUUACGAUUAGAACAGAGAUCGUUCGCUCGAUUGCAGUUGUCCGCGUGAUUUUCUUUUUCAUCUCUUUGACGUAGUUGGACACGAUGCGACAGUUCGUUCUCGCAAUUUUAUUAGUUUUAACUCUUGCACAGAGUUACAGGUCGAGCUCGGUACUACAGUGCAAAGGAGAGAAAAAUCAAGAUGUGGAUUGGUUUUUGUUGUACAAACUACCCAGAUUACCAAAAAGUAGUAACAAAUUGAUAAAACAAGGAGUAGCUUAUUUAUACAUGGAUAGCAGUAGUUACAAAUACGGAUGGACGUUAUCCAGCAAAGACAUAAGUAAAAACAAUUCGAUACCAGCUUAUACCCUGUCGCAGUUUUACGAUGACAAAAGCGCGGCUGACUCUCUGUGGAUUUUGUACAACGACCAGCCGCCCAAUCUACCUGCCAGACUGACCAACGGUCACGCCAAAGGCGCAGUGAUCACCGAUGGAAAGGAGGGAUUCUGGCUGAUACACAGCGUGCCGAAUUUUCCGCCUCGGCCGAACACCGGCGAGGACGUGUCGCGAUCGAAGACCGACAAAGUUGAAUCGGGAGUACGAGUCGAUCGCACCGAUAAGGAUUACCCAUCGGGCGGAUACUCGUAUCCGUCCUCGGGACGAGCCAACGGCCAGAGCUUUUUGUGCGUGUCCACGAGCGAGGAGAGCUUCAACUCGAUCGGCAAGCAGCUCAUGUACAAUCAGAUCGUCGUCUACAGGCGAAACAUGCCCAAGCAGUUGAUCGAUAAAUUCACCACGCUGGUCGACGCGGCUAAACAAGUGCGCGUGAGGAGUCCGCCGUACUAUCGUAUGGCCAAUUUUAACUCUAAAAAUGGAAUGAAAUUCACUUCGUUCGCGAAGAGCAGCAAGUGGGACAGAGAUUUGUACGAUGAUUUCGUCGCCGUAGAAUUGAAUGCCGACCUCUACACCGAGACUUGGAUGAACGGACGUGGAAAACUACCCUCGGAUUGCAACGCUACAAGGGUCAUGAACGUUCAAUCGAUAUCUCUGCCGAAAGCUGGCGUCAGCUUCAAGAGCACCCACGACCAUUCCAAGUGGGCCGUAUCCAUCGAUGGUAAAAGCGCGCGAUCGUGGGUGUGCGUCGGCGACAUCAAUCGCGCGGACACGCAAUUCGAGCGAGGUGGAGGAACAGUUUGCCUGAACUUACCCGAGGUUUGGAAAAGCUAUCGCGACUCCGUGGACGACGUCGAGCCAUGUCCGAUGAAGCGGAGAGGUGGACUUUUCAAACGCAUCGAGUCCUGGAUCGGAUGACACAAACACUCAACCACGACACACAAUACUCAAAUUAUUCACUAAGCACUCGAUGAAGGAUAUUUUUGAUACAAACGAAAUAAAUUAGUUACACUUUUACUCUACUCAUGUGUUCACUUUGACGAUGCAAUAAAAGUUUAUUUGUAAACAUUA